CGUGGCCGGCGCGCGGUGUGACGCAGGUCGGCGCCCGGGCGGUGGCGGUGGCCAUGGAGCGUCUGGAGCGGUGCGGCCGGAGGCUGCGGGCCGGGCUGGCAGCGGGCAGGGUGAGCCGGCGGCUGCCCUGGCUCCUGAUCGGCAUCGUCCUCCUCGGGUCUGCCCUCAAGGACCAUGAGCUGGUGCCCGAGACGCCCCUGAAGAACAAGCGCAACCCGCUCAACGUGUAUUUUGUCAAGGUGGCUUGGGCAUGGACGUUCUGGCUUCUGCUGCCCUUCAUCGCAGUCACCACCUUCCAGCUUGCCAAGAGCAGGUUCCUCUAUGGUCUCACCAAGAGUGUUCUGGUGGUGCUGCGGCGCCUCAGCUCGCUGCUCGUGGGCACUGCCAUCUGGUACCUCUGCACCAGACUCUUCAUCUAUAUUGAGAAUCUCACUGGCACCUGCUCCACCUCGGGUAAACCCGGGGAGCCUCACCGGCUGUAUGCCACCAAACAGGAGUGCCACCAGGACAACGGGAUCUGGGAUGGCUUUGAUAUCUCAGGGCACUGCUUUCUGCUCUCAUACUGUGCUCUGAUGAUUGUGGAGGAAGUAGCUGUGCUGGAAGGCUUGUCCAUAGACCAGAACUCUAAGCUGCAUGUUGUGAUCAACAGCCUGUUUGUUUCCUUGUGUUUUCUCACCAUGAUCUGGGUGUUCAUGUUUCUCUGCACUGCCAUCUAUUUCCAUGACUUCAGUCAAAAGCUUCUUGGUGUGCUGAUAGGUCUGUCAGCCUGGUAUGGGACCUACAGAUUUUGGUACUUAAAGCCCUUUUCCCCUGGACUUCCACUUCCAAAUAUACCUUUAAGUUCAAAGAAAUACAGUUAUAGGAGAUAAAAUGUUUUAAAAUGUUUGGAUUUUGCUUUCAGUACUGUUGUCAGUAGUUGAAUGUAGAAAUGGUUAUGGCAUUUCCACUGUAAGGAACACGGUGAUGGGCAGGAGGAAACCGAAUCUGUACUGGCUGAUGGCUGGCAGGUGAUAAUGAGCUGCUUUCUUGGAAGAAAAAAAAGAGGAUAUUGGAAGAGAUCUGACCUUGUUUAGGUGCUGCUGACUGGAGUUCUCAUCAUGGAAAUCAGAAGUUGGAUCUUUUUCUCUUACUAAUAAAUGGAGGAGGAGAUCCAAGGCUGAGAGAAGCCUUUGCUCUUUAGGAGCCUGAAAUACUUUGGAUGAUUCAAACAUUGUACACCUCUUUUUUUAAUUCUCCUAUCUGUAUUGUCUCACAGGAAAACUCUACCAGUGACAGUGCUGCCAAGUAUUGCAAAAUAUCAAUAUUCCUUAAAGCAGUGUAGAGCUCUGUUGUGAAACUAGAACAUCUCAUGUUGUCAGGUGUUAAUGACACUAACUUGCCACAAAUGUUUGUUAGCUGUCUGUACCUUCUGCCACAAAAAGACUGUGAGAUGUAAAGUAAACUGACUUCAAAUUCAUCCCUGCCUUUGAAAAGGAAACUCUUGAAAAAUGAGCCUUAACUUUCUCCUUAUGUGAAGUAUCUGUAAUAAUACUUUGUCAUUUUACUCUUGACACAAGAAACAAACUCCUUCCUAAAAAGUCUAGCAUGAGAAUUUGGGUUUGUUUUUUCUUUUUUUUUUAAAUCUUAUGAGUUGCACACUUUGCAACAAUGAGUACUUUGUGAUAGGUUUCUUUUAGAAGAACACUAAAUUCUGGUGCUAUGAGCCAGCUAGCUUAAUCUGCUCUUUCCCUAACAGUCUGCUUAGUAAUGAAUGGAGCAAAUUGUUUAUCCCCAGAGCAGCGUGCUUGAAGCAAUAUUUAUUCUUGCUUAUCCAGCAAUAUCAAUAAGCUGCUUAAUUUGAUUGCACAGAAAGCUGUGGCCACUUUUGAUGUGGCUAGAAACCCACUACUGAAUAAAACACUUAGAUAAUUAAAAGGUAAUCAUAUCAAUCAUACAUUUAGCAUAGUUUUUUUAUCAUGAAAAGCUUUUUGUUGUCUCAUAAAGGCUUAUUCUUGUCACAGUUGCACAAAAGCUGUUUUAACAGUUCCAGUGACAAGCAAGACAGGCAAAAAAGUCUGUGGGUAAGGCUGUAGAAAAGUCAGAUAAUCUGAGAGUGAGCUGUCUGCAGCUUUUGGCUCCAAGGUGAAUAUUUUGGUGAAUACAGGGUAUGAUGCACCAGAGCCUAAUCUGGGGACAUUUCUCUUUGUCAUCUCAACAGCUCUCUCCCAGCAAGGGAGCCACAGCGUUUGCAGUAAGUACAGCAGUGUUAAUUCCACACUUGUGGUCUGCCUCUGAGGAGAGCUGAAUUCCCUGGGAUCUCCACUGGAUUCAGUGGUGUGUGGAAGUUGUUGUGUGUCCUUAAAAAGUGCAAAUCACCUUGCAGAAACGAGUUGUUAAAGGAAGCUGUGUAUUUUCCAUCAAGCUCUUCCUUUUGUUUUUGGAUUGAAUUGCCUGUUAAGCUGAAAAUUUGCACUGAUUAACUCAUAUUGGGUUUAACUAAAUUUGUUUUAAACGAUGCAAAUGCAUUUGCAGACAUUCUUUUGAUGUAAGCCUGCUCCCAAUAGAGUUAAAGCUAGACCACAAGCCAUUUUCACCAUGGAAAAGGAUUAUAUACCCAGAAGGUGUUACAAUUAAUUUAAUUAGAUUUAAGUUUCUAUUUUAGGUUAAAUUCAUGUAACUUUCCUAUUUAAUCAAGGCCUUGGAACAGGAAAAGCUAUUUAUUUAAGCCAACUGACUUGCUAAAAUUGUCUUCAGUAGCAGAAAUGUUUUGUGCAAUGACUGUCUGGAUGCUUCUGUCCACUUCUAACCAGUGUCAUACAAAGUUUUUAUUAUGGAAACAAUGUGGGAUAUGGUUAUUGGUUAAUUAUGGUUAAUCUCAACUUUUAUUUAAACACAAAAGAAAAAACAAACUUUUGUCAGUGUUUUUGUCUUUGAGAUUUUUGUUUCUGAUGUCUGUUAAGGUUCUGCUCUUCAUGUCCCUGAAUGAUCCAGCCUCACACUGGUUUUGUGACUGCUGCAUGCAUGAUCAAACUGACCUGGAUAAUUCUGCAGCAUUUGAACAGGUUAACAUAGCACAGGUUCUCUAAAGUGCAGGGCUUAAAAAGAGACAAAACAAAGUCAUACCUGACAAAAGGAAGUUUCCUUGUCUGUGCCUGUUGUACCAGGCAGUUGGUUUUUUUAGACAUGGAUGGCUGCCUCUUGCAGGGAAGUGAAAGCCCUUGAAAUGUUUGGAGAAAUUCCCAUGUGCUGCAGUGCCUCUGAGUCUGGAAAUCUUGGCACACCGGUCUCCCUUCUCUUCUGUGCAGAGACCAUGUGCCAGCUGUUGGCUUAGAAAGUUCCCUUCUGCUCCAUACCUUUUCUUUGCACCUUUUGACUCAUUUCAGAGGAAAUCUUUGCUUCUUUAUGCUAGAAAAGUCUCCAAUUUUCUGUUCACCUAUUUUCAGUCACUUUUAUCUGACUUCCUUCCCUGUCCCAAAUAUACUUUUGUGAUUAAAAAAGAUUCAGCCUCUCUGUGACAGAUUUAUAGCCAAAGAGAAGCAGUGUUGUGAGCACCUGGAUCUGAAGUCCUCUGCCAGAAGCACAGAUUUGUUGUUUUUUUGUUUUUUUUCAGAAGUGUAAUAUUUUAAAGAUAAAUAUCCAUAUUUGGUAGUGAAUUCCAAAAGACAGCAACUAUAAUCACAAGAAACACUUGGUCUUUUUCCUUUUUUUUUUUUUUUUAAUUAUAUCCCAACAUCUUACUGGCAUAUUAUAUGACAUAUGUGGCAUAAUGUUUGUUAAUUUUUCAUUGCCUGUGUUUUCCAGCCUGCUUUGUGGGGUUUGUAUCACAGCAGUUGGCCUGGCUGAUGAUGUGGCUGAGGCAAUUCUUGGUGUCUUAAAUGAUUUCCUCUGCUGGGGCCAGCAGGGAAAGGAGUCUUAGCUACAAGACAGGUGAAGAUUAACUGGAUUAGGAUUCAUUUCACUCUUCACUUACCUGGGAGUGUUUCAGAUGUUUGCAUCACUGGAAGCAAGAUCAGGCAAACAGGAAAGUUUAGGUCUUUCGUAAGAGCCAUCUGAACAUUUCAGACCUUGAAAAUGUCUGAAAAAGGUGUUUGCUUCUUCCUCAAAGGCUUUGCUCAGAGCAAUCCAUGGAUGCUUCAGUGGUGCUAAAUUAUGUUAUUAGUUUUCUGUACUGAAAUGUAGAUUGUUGAGUGGCUGUGAAGAAAGAAUCCUGUUGUUAGGACAAAGAGAGAAACACCCAGUUAUCCCCUAUGGUGCAUUUUAAUGUCAGUGCUGUAGAGGCUGCUGUGAUGUAUUACAUGUUUUGGAAAAUCAGGCUUUAGUUAUGAACACAAGUCUUGCCUCACUUUUUGUGUAGAAAUAAUACCUGUUUUCACUGCUGUAAUGUAAAUCAGAUCCCUGCAGCUUCUUUUCAAACAGCCUUUUCCAUCUCUGUCCUUUUGAUCAGCCUGCGUUUAUCUCUGUUCACUCAGAAACCCAUUUCUUUGGAUUAUUUAUUUUCAUAGCUUCAUCUCACCUCCUGGAGCUCAGUUUAGUAAUAAAUGCUCUUUACAUGCUAGAGA